AUGAAGCUCUUCGGCCUUCUCUCGUCCCUCACCGUUUUGGCGGGCAGUGUCUGGGCUGCCUCGAGGACCUCGCCGCCCUCUGGCUCUAUUGUUGUUGCUAAGUCUGGCGGUAAAUUUACUUCUCUCCAAGCCGCCAUCAACUCAAUCUCAACCAGCUCCACUGCGACCACGACAAUCUUCAUCCAGCCGGGGACGUACUCCGGACAGGUUUCGAUCCCCAGCCUGAAGGGCAAGCUCGUCAUUUACGCCUACACCACCAACGACCAGGACUACACCAAGAACCAGGUGACGCUGACGAACUCGCUGUCCGCCGCCGCCGCCGGGAGCAACGACCUCUCCGCGACCCUCCGCGUGGCCACCAACUACUUCAGCCUCUACAACGUCAACCUCGUCAACGGCUACGGCAAGGGCUCGCAGGCCCUGGCGGUCUCCGCCAACGGCCAGUACCAGGCCUACUACGGCUGCAGCUUCGUCGGGUACCAGGACACCGUCUACACGAACAAGCCCCACCAGGUGUACAAGAACAGCUACAUCGAGGGCGCCGUCGACUUCAUCUUCGGCAACGACGGCAACGCCUGGUUCGAGAAGUGCACCAUCGCCAUCAACGGCGCCGGGUACAUCACCGCCAGCGGCCGGGACACCGCCGACGCCUACUGGUACGUCAUCAACAAGUCCAAGAUCGCCGCCAAGUCGGGCGCCGGCGUCGCCAAGGAGUCCACCGUCCUCGGCCGCCCGUGGAGGGAGUACGCGCGCACCGUCGUGCAGAACACGGACCUCAGCAACGUCGUGAAGCCGGUCGGCUGGUCCGCGUGGGGCACGAACCCGACCGGCAACGUGUACUACGCCGAGUACGGCAACACUGGCACGGGCGCGAGCGGCACCCGUGUCAGCUGGGCCAAGAAGCUGUCGAGUGCUGUGUCUAUCGACUCCAUUCUGCCCGGGUGGACCUCUUGGGUCGAUACAGCUUACUGGAACUCGUCUUAA